GUUUAUUUACGUUUUUCGUGUUCGCGCGUGUGGUGGAAGUUCGAACCUUACCAAUUGUAGAUAGUGCAGUUAGAGAGUCGAGAGUGAAGUUCAUCGUUUUGCAUCUUGUUUGUUGAACACCGAGAUUGGAAACAUUCGAACAAGACUGGAACAUAUAAUCAUCGCUGGCUCCAUCAGCCCAGGCUCAGUGACACAAUUCCACACAAAAAAGGAGAAAGGUGUUUUGUUAGCUUGACAACUAUAAAGUGCUUUAAACUUGGAGUUUGUUUCUACAACAUGUCUCUAUCGUCCGUCCUUCUCUAUGCCGCCCGCCAUAGCACCAAGCUUACCGCUCUUCCAACCGCGGUAAAAUGCUUACCGCAUCGUGCUGCUUUGAGCAGUGUUACCGCGUUGAAUACCUCACCAGACAGAAACAUCGUUGAUCUCUCGCAGCAAUCCAUAGUAUUACCGGGGCCUGAGCGAAUCCGUGUAACAUCUUACAUCAAUGAGACUUGUUAUAAACCCAGUCAAUUCUACAGUGAGGUAUCCACGGUGUAUGAUGCCUUCAAAAGAGGCCAAAAAUUAUCGAAUGAUGGUAACUUCUUAGGAGCACGGACCGGUCCUAAUAGAUCAUAUGAAUGGAUGACAUACUCACAGGUGGGGGAGAAAGCUCGACUCUUCGGCUCUGGCCUACUGGCUCAUGGUAACCAACCCGGGUCGUGUGUUGGUAUCUUCUCUCAAAAUAGACCAGAGUGGACUAUAAGCGAUCUUGCCUGCGUUCAUUAUUCACUGAUAUCUGUUCCGUUAUAUAAUAGUCUUGGAUGGGAAUCAUGCAGGUACAUCGUAAACAAAACAUUAAUGUCGACCCUGAUCGUCGACAACGUGGACAAAGCGACGUCCAUCAUUGAUCACGCGGAUGCAAUGCCCUCUCUGCGGGUCGUAGUCGUCAUGGACCUCGAUGACGAGGGUACGAGUGACAUCAGACAACGAUACGCGUCGCAAAGCAUCGAGCUAUGUUCGUUCGAAGAGGUUGUGAGACACGGAGCACAAAAUCCUUCCGAUGUCAUCCUUCCUUCACCAAAUGAUAUCAACACAAUCUGCUUUACCAGUGGGACUACAGGUUUACCGAAAGGUGUUCCUCUUAGUCACAAGAAUCAUAUCGCUAACCAUGCAGCAAUAUUCUGUACUUAUCAGGACCAUGAACUGACGGAUCCUAAUGACGUUCAUCUAUCCCUUCUACCAUGUCCUCAUGUCUAUGAAAGAGGUAACAUUUACAAUAUCAUGAUAACGGGUGUGCAGAUCGGCUACUUUAGCGGUGACAUGCUAAAACUCGUAGAAGAUGCACAGGAGUUAAGACCGACAGUCUUUACUGCAGUACCAAGAUUAUAUAAUAGACUCUUCGAUCGGAUACGGACAUCUGUUGAUAAUGGCAGCGCCAUCAAAAAAGCAGUUUUCAACUACGCUCUCAAUCAAAAGAUGAAAGAUCUAGAACAGGGUACGCUGAGCCGAGAUACAAUCUGGGACAAACUAGUCUUUAAAAAGAUUCAGGAUAUUCUAGGUGGACGGAUUCGGCAGUUGUACACAGGUGGUGCCCCGAUAUCUGGAGAGGUUAUCACCUUCCUCCGGUGUGCUUUUGGCUGCAUGUUCGUGCAAGCCUACGGUCAGACAGAGACGACAAGCUGUAUUUCACAUACCCUCCCGUGUGAUAUGACAAACGGUCAUAUCGGGCCUCCCGGGGCUGGGAUGGAGGUCAAACUCGUCGAUGUACCAGAGUUGGACUACUAUGCGGCGGAUAACAAAGGAGAGAUCUGUGUGAAAGGAGAGAAUGUAUUUGAUGGUUACCUUGACAACCCAGAGUUAACAGCUGAAGCUAUAGAUGAUGAUGGUUGGAUGCACUCCGGCGAUAUAGGAGAAUGGACAGAAACUGGGACACUCAAACUGAUAGACAGGAAGAAACACAUCUUCAAGAUGGCUCAGGGUGUUUACAUUGCUCCAGAAAAGAUUGAGAAUACAUUAGUUAGGAACCCACUGAUCCAACAAGUCUUUGUCUAUGGGGACAGCACUAAGGCUAAUCUUGUUGGUAUCGUGGUUCCUGAUCCAGAAUCAUUUCCUGCAUUCGCAGCUAAGGCUGGGGUGAAGGGCUCAUUCUCUGAAAUUUGUCAAAACGAGAAAGCGAAAGAUGCGCUCCUUGCAUGGCUCCAGGAGUACGGAAGGAGAAAAGGUCUCCUUGGUUUCGAGGAAAUGAAGGAUAUACGGCUCCAUGAUGAACCCUUCACAGAACAGAAUGGUUUACUAACACCAUCUCUCAAAAACAAGAGACCAGAUAUCGCCAAGGCGUUCGGAGACGAGAUCAGAGAUAUGUACACCACUCUUGAAUGAUCUGUUGCGCGUGCGCGACUUGUUGGUGUGUUUGUGUUUUGUGCCAGAGUUAAAUGCAGUAUUGGAGAGAGAGAGAGGAGGGGGGGGGGGUAGAU